AUGCAAACAAUGGAAGUGAAGGACCAGCUAGAUUACGGCAUGUCAGGUGCAACUUCAGAUAAUGAAACUAAAAUAUCUACGGCGAUCGGAUCGCUAAAGAUUUCAUCGAGUUAUAAGGAUGUUGAGGGUAAUAAUGGCUCAAACCCUUCAGUUGACGAAUCUCAAUCAGGAAAGCUGAAAGAUGGAGGGAAAAAGGAUAAGAAGCAUAAAAAGAGACAAAAUAAGAACUUGACUCCUGAGGAAAUAAACGAACUUAAAGCAAUACGAAGGUUGAAGAAAGAAUCACAACAAAAAAUUAAUUCAGAAGAGUCAAAUUUCAUAACCAGAGAUUUCCUUUCGUUGCCUAUGAAACAGAAUACCAAUGGCUUUAUUUUCACUAUGAUGACAUAUAAUUGUCUUGCUCAAGCACUUAUUAGGCGUCGUUUGUUUCCAACCAGUGGUAAUGCAUUGAAAUGGCGCAUUAGAAGCGAAACGUUGCUCAAGGAAUUCAAACAUUACAACUCCGAUGUCAUGUGUCUGCAAGAAAUUGAUCAUGUGCAAUAUAAGCAAUUUUGGAACAUUGAGUUCCAAAAAUUGGGUUAUUCUUCUCAGAUGCAUAGGUUUCAUAGUAGCGCACAUGGGGUCGUAAUUGCUUGGAGGAAAUCGAUGUUUGAGUUAGCAGACUAUAUGCUCAUCGAUUACGAUAAAGAAAAGUCGGGUGUUAUAAAGCCCAUGAAGGCUACAAAUAAUGUAGGAUUAGCUGUUGCAUUGAAAUUUUCGAAGGAAGUACUUCGCUCACAUCCACACACAACAAAAUCUGGUAUUUUAGUUGGCACGUCCCAUUUGUUUUGGCAUCCAUUUGGAACAUAUGAAAGAACCAGACAAACCUAUGUAUUACUCAGAAAGAUGAAGGAAUUCAUGCAUCGAGUGAAUGUGUUUGGAAAUAAUACAUCUGCCAAGAACACAAGCUGGUACUCCUUUAUUUGUGGAGACUUUAAUUCACAACCUUUUGACUCUCCAUAUUUAUCGAUGGUCAGUAAGCCGGUGGCUUAUCAUGGCAGAGCAAGAACGGUUAUCACAUGUAGUGCGGGGUAUAACUUCAGCCAGUCAAUUGAUGAAGGUUCAGAUGAAGAGAACAAGGAGGAGGAAAAACAACCUGCAACCCCAACUCCAGAAUAUUAUAAUGGAACAGAAAGGGAGUUCAGUUUAGUCAGUGAAAUGGAGAAAUUGCAUAACUCAAUUGAUUUACGAGCUAUCUCAUUGUACUCGGUUGGAUACAGAUAUGUUGACGCUGAAAACGCUGGGUUAGAUAAUGAUCGUGGAGAACCUGAAAUAUCCAAUUGGGCACAUACAUGGAAAGGACUGCUGGAUUAUAUCAUGUGUUUGACUGAUUGGGAUUUCUCAGACCAUACAAAGCUUGAUACUCUAGAUCAAUUAGAGCAAACUACUAAUGUAAAAAUUCUUGGGCUUUUAAAAAUGCCCGCAGCUAAAGAUAUGCCAGAGCACGGUUUACCUCAUUUGGGGGAGUAUCCAAGUGACCACCUCUGUAUGAUGACUAGGUUAGAACUAGAUAUGUAA